AUGACUUCGUCUACCCCUUUCCCGUUCCGCAUCGUUGAGCAUCUCGUUCCCGGCCAACAUAUCAGAGAAUAUCCCCGUGCAACAAGUACCAUCCAGGAGGAGACGCUCUGCUUAUCGGUAAAGCAGUACAUCCCGCUGGACAACCCCAACCCGCAGGCCGGAGAUGUGACGAUCAUUGGAGCUCAUGCCAAUGCCUUUCCGAAGGAAUUAUAUGAACCCCUAUGGGAAGACCUCCUCGCCCGGUCGAAGGCUAGUGGGUUCCGGAUCCGGGCAAUCUGGAUUGCUGACGUCGCCCAUCAAGGACAUAGCAGCGUCUUGAACGAGCAUGCCUUAGGCAACGAUCCUUCGUGGUUUGAUCAUCCCCGGGAUCUCUUGCACCUAAUUAAUUUGAAGAGAGCCGAAAUGCCUCGCCCCAUAGUUGGUAUCGGUCAUAGUAUGGGAGGGGGACAUCUUGUAGCGCUGUCUCUCGCCCACCCGCGAUUGUUCACGUCUCUUAUACUGUUGGACCCGGCAAUCCACAAUCUCAAAUCGUAUACUGACACCAAUACCUUCCACUCGGGCUUUAAUAAGGUCCCAAUCACCACCCUAGCUUCCACCUACAGACGUGACGUCUGGCCGUCCCGCACUGACGCCGCUGAUCUCCUGGGAAAAAGCAAAUUCUACCAAACUUGGGAUCCUCGCGUCUUCACGCGCUGGAUACAAUACGGCCUUCGUGACCUUCCUACUGCCAUUCACUCACUUGACCCUUCCUUGGAAUCCGAACGCCCAGUGACGCUUACAACGACCCACCAUCAAGAAGUGUUCACCUUCUCUCGUCCCAACUAUGCGCCAAACGGCGCUCCAACCACUCGUCUCACCCACCCAGACCAGGAACCCAAUGUUUCCUCUGACCAUCGCUUCUACCGCCCUGAACCGCCGCGCAUAUUCUCCCUCCUUCCCUACCUCCGCCCUAGCACCCUCUAUAUCUUCGGCGAGCUCUCCGACAUGAGUCUCCCCGAAUUCUGUCAAGAGAAACUCGAAAUCACGGGUAUGGGUGCGGGUGGCAGUGGUGGUGUGAAAGAGGGCAGGGUGGAUGCGCAUGUGCUGAAACAAGUAGGUCAUAUGGUUCCAAUGGAGGCCGUAGGUCUUUCGGCAGAGCUUUCUGCGUCGUGGAUCGGGAAGGAGUUAGAAAGAUGGAGACUUGAAGAGGAAGCUUUUAGAAAGGAAUGGGAUAAAAAAAGCAAGGUGGAAAAGAUGACAAUUGAUGACGAAUGGAAGAAGAAUAUUGGGCCACCCCCGACGAGGGGAAAUGGGAAGAAACAGACUACCGGCACGAAGUUAUAA